AUGCUCGUUGUUCUAGAUGCGGUUCAACUGACUAUGCGAAUUCUGUCUUCAUUCUUCGCUGUUCUCUUCACGUUCAUCAAUCCGUGCAUGCUCUACAAAGUCGUCUCCGAAUUAGAAUCCUCAUUCUCUCAUCACAUGCCGGAAAAGGUGCGAAUUCGCCUUCUGGAGUCCAUUUGCGCCUAUUUCAUCAGUAAUAAUCUGACCAACAGGCUACGUCUAGUCGUUUACGUGUCCGUGCUGCUGUUCACAGUGCUACAUUUGAUCGCGACCGGCUUAGCCCUCUACGGCCAUUAUUCCUGCCGACCGUCAUUCAUUCGGCCGUUUCUAGUGGACGCAGCUGUGAGCUUCGUGAGUGCCUUUUUCGCUUCCUAUUAUUAUACCUUCUCUAAUGACGCUGGAAUUUUAAUAUGA